AUUAAAAUCUUGUCUCUUUCCAAUUCUAAACUUUACAAUCUAAACAUUGUUGCAAAUUGUGAUUUCCAAUUGUUGUUUGUAAACAAAAUGUCGAAUCUCGAAGAUGAUGAUGAUCCUCCUCAUCUUUCGGCUGAAUCGUUGGCAGCAUUGAAUGAAUUUCUCUUGGAACAGAAAAACAAUCAACAAGAUGAUUCAAAGAGCUUCUCUGAAGAUUGGGAAUUGAGUCAAUUCUGGUACGAUGAAGAAACGACCCAAUUCUUGGCCGAUUCUCUCAUUAAAACGAUCAAUGGAAAUGGAGUAAUCGGUUGCAUCUCAUGUCCAACUGUUUACAUUAAAUUACUUUCCAUGAUUAAGGAAAAUGACAAAUAUUCUGAUGUUCAAGUUUAUCUUCUUGAAUUUGAUCAACGAUUCGCUCGGUUAGGACCUAAUUUCGUGUUCUAUGAUUAUCGUGAUCCUUUGGCCGUAAAAGAAGUUUUGUCCAGUUCUUUUUUCGAUAUUAUUGUUUGUGAUCCUCCAUUUCUAUCGGAAGAAUGUCUCACCAAAGUCACCGAGACGAUUAAUUAUCUGAAAAAGGAGAAAAUUAUUCUCAACACUGGAGCGAUUCAAAGUAAUUUGGUCGACAAAUUGUUACAAUUAAAACCAAGCUCAACUUUCAUUCCAAGACACAAAAACAAUCUCGCCAAUCAAUUUGCUUGUUUCUCUAAUUUCCCAAUUUAACCAUCAAAGAAAAUAAAUCAACAAUUAAAAGAUGAUCCAAAAUUCGAAAAAUUAUUUAUUAGUCAAAAUGAUAAAGGUUCUUAACAGCUAACUAUUAAUCAAUCGGGUAAUUCAAACGGCCAAGAUCAGCUCGGAAAAGCUCAACACCUUGGUACUCAUCCUUGAACCUUGCUGGUACCUCAAUACAAAUUGUUCUAAUUCCCGGAAAAAUGAGCCGUAGCGAACUUAAUUUAUCCAAAUCAAUAGAAUCCAGAUUAUCCUUCACAAAUGAAGGAAAUAGAGCUUCUACCUCAAUGUGGUCGAAAACGGGUACCAAGUUACCUUUGAUCACUAGAAUCAUGUCAACCUGAUCGAGAUAAAUCCUGAAACCUUUGGUAAUGGUCAUUUUUACAUUCAACCAACGCUUACAAAUAGUUGGAACACUUUCAAAAUCCAAAAUUGAAUCUUCAACUUGAUUAUUUGGGGCAGAAAUAACAAAUUUAAAAAGACUCGGUGAGAUUCUUGUAUCAUAAGGCAAAUAAAAGUAAACACCAAAGAAAAUAUCUUCUUUAUUACAAACUGAAGACAUUUUAUUAGAAAUUCUCAAUUUUUUCAGUUAAACAGGAUAACAUUAAAGAUGGAGAGAAAACUGAACAAAGAUAAAUUGUCCUA